AUGCACCACCGCCAGCGGUCUCCGCGGCUUCCUCGAAAGAAUCUUCACACGGAGUUGGGAUAUACGCCACUCCGACUGAGCAGAUAUCUCAAUUACGAGUCUGCGGUGGAAUCGGCUCUAUCCUCGCGCUCAUGCGGGCCGACCCAUCCACCCUCAGGAAACGGACCGGCAACCUGGCACCAAACUUCUCCGACGCCUGCGGGUGAACGUGCGUGCACAUCCGCUCAAGUCGACCCUCCGGAUGCAGCGGCAUCGGCUACGGACAGUUCUCGGCCCAACUACUCUAAAGCCAAGAGGAGUCAGGCAGUUGUUGAACAGAAGAUGGUCACGGAAGGUUACGACAGGGUUGAGUGCGUGGUCCCCCGGUUACGCCCGGUGAGCGUCGUCGAAAAUCGCAUCGAGGUGCCCGUGGUAAAGGUAGUCGAUACGAUCGUCCACAAACAGCAAAUCGAAGAGCGGAUUCGCUUUGUCGACAAGCCCAUCAUUCAAGAGGUCGAGAAGUUUGUCGAGGUCCCGGAAGUAAUCUAUUCUGAUGUCAUUGUUGAGGUUCCCGAGAUUAUCGAAGUGAUCAAGCACGUGCCUAAGGAGGAGAUCAGGGAGAAUAUUACAUACGUUCCGCGGUUCGAGACGAAAAUUAUUCCCAAGUAUGUCGAUGUUCCAAUAAUUAAGAUCGUCGACCGGUACGAGGAGGUUCACCAAAUUCAGGAGGUCCUGAAGCCCGUAGCCAAGGUCAAAGUCGUUGACGUCCCCAGGGAAUUCACUCGCAUCGUCCCGAAAUACCACAUUCACAAGACAAAAAGCGAAGUUUCUGUGCCGGAAAUCCAUUACAAGGAAGUACCACGGUACAAGACGCGCUACGAACCAAAAAUCGUUCACGACACGAUCGUGAACCACAUACCGGAAUACCAUGACAUUGAGGUUCCCUACGAAGUCCCAAAGGUUACAGUUGUCGACGAGCCUUUCUUCGUAACGACUUACCGGGACCAUGAGUACCCUGUCCCAGUUUCUCAGUCUGUAAAGCCGGUCUUGCUCCCAGGAGACCAUACACAAGUCGUUGACGUCCCUGUGGAGAAACCCUAUGUGGUCAUACACGACCGUUUCGAGACAAGACCGCCGAUUCCAGAGCUCGUUCCGGGACAAGCAGUUCUUCGCGGUGUUCGUCACAUGGAUAGAGAACGGUUAACGCCCGAGCAAGAGGCGGCGCCAACGCUCAGAGGAACAUGA